UUAGUUCCGGAGAAGCGGUGGAGUUUAAAAAAAAGAGAAAAAAAAAUCCCACAGCGCUUCCAGACCAGCUGCGCGAGAGGAGGAGAGCUCGCGCGUCACGGAGGAGCGUCGGUAUGUGUGUUCUCGCGCCGUGUUCGGUGAACGGGAUUACGUGUUAAUGCUCCGCGCGCCCUGACUGAACUGAAGAUGGACGAAUCGUCGCUGUUGGAUUUACUGGAGUGUUCGGUGUGCCUGGAGCGGCUGGAUGCGAGCGCCAAGGUGCUGCCGUGCCAGCACACGUUCUGCCGCCGCUGCCUCGAGAGCAUCGUGAGCUCGCGCCGCGAACUGCGCUGUCCUGAGUGUCGCGUGCUCGUUGACUGCGGCGUCGACGAUUUACCGGCCAACAUCCUGCUCGUGCGCCUCCUGGACGGCCUGAAGCACCGCGCGCCCGUGCGGCUGUUAGGCAACGCGUCGCCCCCCGGUACCGCGGUCCGGGACUCGCCCAGCGCCACGCGCAGCUCUCCAGUCAAGAAUGUCCCUCAGCUGCCUUGUGGCAAGGCGCUCUACAGCUACGAGGGCAAAGAGCCUGGUGACCUCAAGUUCAACAAGGGUGACAUCAUCAUCCUGCGACGGAAAGUGGACGAGAACUGGUACCACGGAGAGCUGAACGGCAGCCACGGCUUCCUGCCGGCGAGCUACGUGCAGUGCAUCAGGCCGCUGUCGCAAACGCCACCGCAGGGGAAAGCGCUCUACGACUUCGAGAUGAAGGACAAAGAGCAGGACAAAGACUGCCUCGCCUUCGCAAAGGAUGAGAUUCUGACGGUGAUCCGCCGAGUGGAUGAAAACUGGGCCGAAGGCAUGCUGGGAGAUAAGAUCGGCAUUUUUCCCAUCCUCUACGUGGAGCUAAAUGAAGCAGCCAAGCAGCUGAUGGAGAUGGAUAAACCAGUCCCUGGGCCGAGUGCUGACUCAGAAACCCCAGAAUCCUGCCACGGUGAUGUCCAUGGCGACGCCCCACGGCAACGAGCAGAAGGAAAGAAGAAUGCAAAGAAGCGUCACUCCUUCACAGCACUGAGCGUCACGCAGCGCACAGCACUCGCUAACAACAACCGCCACUCCAUGGAAAUCAAUGCGUCUGAUCCCAGAGCGAGAGUCGGAGAGUACGCUCAUCUUAGCUCCAGCGCUCCCACCUCACAGGACUCCUCGUUUAACCCCGGAGCAGUGGUGCAGCCUCGAGUGACUCCUACCUCUGGAGAGCUUCUUGCUGCUGCAAAAGUUCAGCUUCCUCUAAACAUCUACUUGGCUUUGUACGCGUAUAAACCGCAGAAAGCGGAUGAGCUGGAGCUGAGGAAAGGAGAGAUGUACCGCGUGAUGGAAAAGUGCCAAGACGGAUGGUUCAAGGGAACGUCACUGCGCAGUGGUGCCUCCGGAGUUUUCCCCGGGAAUUACGUCACUCCUGUAUCCAGAGCUCCGUUUGCAGUUGGCCAAUCACGCGCCUGCCUUCCCGGGUCAGUGAUUAAGCCGGUUCCCGGUUCUCCUGGGUCGCCCCGCCCCUCCAGCCCUGUCCUAAUUGGUCCUGUGUCUCGCGCUGUCCCUCACAUGACCACAAACCCUGCACCUUCACUGGUAACAAGUCCCACCCCUUCACUUGUCACAAGCCCCGCCCCUUCACUGUCCUCAAGCCCCGCCUCCUCUCCUCACUUGAAGAACUGCCUGCGAAUGUGCAGCCAGCCACAGCUGGGAGGCACUCCUCACUCCUCCCCCUCUCGAUCCCCCACCCCUCUGUGUACCCGCCCCUCGAUGAUCUCAUCUCCUCAGGUUCACCCAGUAAGCUCACUCAGUUUAGGCAUCCCCCAUCUGAAUGGGCCGGAGCCUCCGGAAUGUCCGUCAUCACCCAAGAUGGAGGAAAAGAAAGCUGAGAAGAAGGAAAAAAAGAGUGGCGUCCUCCUCAAACUGCUGAAGAAGAAGUCUCGCUCGCCGCCGUCCUCGUCCCCGACUCAUGACCCUACGUCCUCUUCGUCCUCGUCCUCCACCUCCUCCUCAUCUUCUGCAGCCAUUCACGGAGCCACGGCGGCAGAUUUCCAGGUGUUUAGCCGCGCCGGCUCGUGCCCCAUCGAGAGCGACAUGCAGGGAGCCGCCGGAAUCGAACCUCUUAACAGGAAGUGCGGCUCGCUCGACCUCGACCUGGCGCCGCGACAGCCGUUCUUCUCUCCUACUUCCUCUUCCUCAUCCUCCACUUCCUGUUCCGCGAUGCUGGCCAUCCGUCCUGAACCCAAACCUUUAUCUCGUGAGAGAUAUCGCGCCGUGGUGCCGUAUCCUCCUCAGAGCGAUGCUGAGAUCGAGCUGAAGCAGGGCGACAUCGUCUUCGUGCACAAGAAGCGUGAUGAUGGCUGGUAUAAGGGAACGCUGCAGCGCACCGGCCGCACCGGUCUUUUCCCCGGCAGCUUCGUCGAGAGCUUCUGAG